AUGUCGAUCAUGAACGACUUCGCUCGCCUUGUCGGCUGGAGCGACAGCUCCGACCUCGUGCCCGCCCCCGAAGCCGGCAAUGUCGAACCAGCCGACAACGCGGCCGCCGGUCCUUCGUCGUCCCGCAACGGUCUUCGCCGCCGCCGCGACUCGAAUGGUAGCACUCAGCCCAGCGGCCAGCGCCAGCGCACCGACGAUCAGCACAAGCUCGCCGCACUCGCCCUUCAGGUCCAUGCACUCCAGCAGCGGGCCGACAAUGCCGACCACCGCGUCAACCACCUCCAGGACGGGCAUAACGCCCUGCAUGGUCGAUUCGAGAGCCACCUGGACGCGUUUGGACGUUUCGAGGCCCGCUUCGACGAACAAGCCGCCGUCGUGGACCACCUCCCCCGCGUCCUCAACCUCAUUGCGCACGAGCUCGCCGACAUCCGACUCCGCCGCGGCGGCCCUCUCGCCAUGGCUCGCCCGAUCCAGGCCGCGGCCCCUCCCCGUCUUGUCCCCCUUGUUGGCGGCCACCCGCGCCGACAGCAGAUCUGCCGCCGCUACAACCGCAACCAGUGUCCCGGAUGCGACCGCCUGCACAUCUGCAGCAAGUGCGGCGACGAGCAUCCCAGCUCCGACUGCGACUACCCGCUCUGA